AUGGUUUUCUCCAACUCGACGUGGCUGCGCUUCAGUCCCAAAGGCUUCUCCACCUUCAUUCAGACAGACAAACUGAACUAUCUGCCCGGGCAGACGGUGAAGAUCAGAGUGGUGUCCAUUCAGCCAGACUGGAAACCCUUACAGAGCUGGGUGGACAUCGCCAUCAAAGACCCGAGGGGAAACCUGCUCAGAGAUUGGGCGCAUUUUGCCAAGCUUGGCGUCGUGUCCAAAGAGUUUCAGCUGUCUGACAAUCCGCCUCUGGGUCAAUGGACCAUCGUCACAUCGAUCAGGAAUGUUUCAAGUGAGAAGCAUUUCAACGUGGAUUAUUACGUUCUUCCAAAGUUUGAAGUUUCAAUAAUAGCUCCGGAUAGCAUUCAUCAUGAAUUCACUCUGUCGGGAAACGUCACCGCAAAGUAUCUGUACGGCAAGCCUGUUGAUGGAAUAAUGAAUAUAACGUUCCUGCAUCAUUAUCAUGGUUUAGUAAGGAGUUAUCAUCAAGUUAAACCGAUUAACGGCACCGCAAGCUUUGUGUUUGAUCCUACCGAAAACCCAUCGGGACCAAGACGUCUUGGAUUGGGCUUCCCUGGUGGACGCAUGGAUGAAUUUAUAAUGGUUAUGGUUAAUGUGACAGGAUACCUCACAGGUCUCACAUACAGCAGUAUGAAAAAGGUGUCUGUGGUAAAGUUCAGAUAUAAAGUUUCCUUUCAUGACUAUCCCAAAUUAUUAAGGCCCUCUCUGGAGUUCAUUGCUAGGUUGAAAAUAUCUACGUACAACGAUCAGCCGCUGUCAGAGGACGAUCAGCGAAAGAUGGUUGAUGUGUCAGUGAUGCAGGGAACGAAAAGUCCAUGGAGUUGGAAAGGGGAUGAGGUGGAAGCACUGGCAGCUCGAUCGAACAUUUCAGUCCCUUUGGGAAUUCGGCCUGGCAUGCCACCUGAAAAAAUGGAGUUUCCUGUCCCUGCAGAUGGAAUAAUACCUCUCGUCAUCCAGCUCAGGAAUGAUACUGAAACACUCACAAUUGAUGCUUCUUUCGUGGACAGUCACACCACUCUACAACUAUAUAGAAGCUAUACAUCCCCCAGUAACAGCUACCUACAGAUUCAGAAACCCUCUGGACCAUUAGAGGUUGGUUCACCUGUCCAGCUUCCCAUUCAGAGUAAUUUCCCAAUGACUGAGAUUCACUACAUUGUGAAGUCCAGAGGUCAGGUGGUUUCUGCUGGGAAAAGCUCUCGUGUUUUGACUCUGGUCCCAGACGUCACCUGGGCUCCUAAGGCCUGCAUCAUCGUCUACUGUGUGCAUUUCAAUGGAGAGAUUGUCAAUGACGUGAUACAGCUACCCAUCACCAAAACUUUACAAAAGGUGUCUCUGAGCUGGAGCGACACCGAGAGGAGGCCAGGUGAGGAGGUCACACUGGGGGUCAAGGUGGCAGAGCCCGGCUCUCUGGUCGGGAUCCUGGUGGUCGAUAAGGCAACACAUUUGAUGGGAUAUGAUAACGACAUCACCAAGAACAGGGUGCUUAAGGAGAUGGGGGAGUACGGCGUUUCCAAGGCCGACGCCUUUUCUGACAUGUUGAGAAUGGGAGAUCCAUACUCUGUGUUCAAGACAUGUGAUCUUGUGGUGUUGACUGAUGCCAAUUUACACGAAAAAGAAACUGAUCAUUCGUUUUUAUUACCAGGGGAGGGAAUACAACUCCUAGCUAAUACAGAGCGGCCACAAGACGAUGAAGAACAACCGCCGCCGCCUCGAGAGCGCUCAAACUUUCCAGAGACCUGGAUAUGGAUGGAUAUCAUGAGUGAUUCAGACUCAAUAGAGAAAACUCUGACUGUACCAGACAGCAUUACGACAUGGACAGCCACUGCCUUUGUUAUAUCUGAGAACCUGGGACUGGGCAUCACAGACAAGCCUGCAGAGCUCACAGCGUUCCAGCCUUUCUUCCUGUCCUUGAAUCUGCCGGCCUACAUUAUCCGAGGAGAGGAGCUGGUGCUGGAGGUCAUUCUGUUCAACUACACGCCACGUGACCUGGAGGUCUUGGUGAUUGUUGCACAGAGUGACACCUUUGAGUUUCUCUUCCCGGACAAUAACGAGAUCCCCAUGCCCAGCUCUCGCAGGGUGUUGGUGAGGAGUCAAAGAGGAACGUCCGUCCUCAUUCCCAUCAAGGCACUAGUCCUCGGAGAGAUCCCCAUCUCUGUGAAAGCCGUGUCAUCUGUGGCAUCCGACCUUGUACGACGGACCAUACUCGUCAAGGCCGAAGGACUCGAGCAGAUGCAUCACACCGCGGUGCUGUUGGAGCUUUCUCCUCCAUACUGGAACGUUUCCAGAGAUAUGAUGUUCACCUUCCCGGCAGAUGUUGUGGAGGGCAGCGAGAGAGUUACAGUUACGGCUGUAGGCGACAUCCUCGGGCCAUCCAUCAGCGGCCUGGACUCCCUGAUCCAGAUGCCUUACGGCUGCGGGGAGCAGAACAUGAUCAACUUUGCACCGAACGUCUACGUCCUGAAGUAUCUGAUCGCUACAGAUCAGGCCAACCAAGCCAUCACAGAGAAAGCCAAGGCAUACAUGCUGAAAGGUUACGAGCGAGAGCUGUCCUUCCAGAGAUCAGACGGCUCCUUCAGCGCCUUCGGACAGAGCGACCCAUCCGGAAGCACGUGGCUGACCGCGUUCGUGCUGAGGUGUUUCCUGCAGGCGCGGCAGUUCAUCAACAUCGACCCCAACGUGCUGCAGAGAGCGGCAGCUUGGAUAGUGGUCCAGCAGGGGGAUGAUGGGAGAUUCUUAGAGCGCGGCAGGGUCAUCCACACCGGGCUCCAAGGAGGCGUGGACGGCCCCACCUCCCUCACGGCAUAUGUCCUCAUCGCCCUGCUGGAGGACAAUAACAUCCAGGCCCAGUAUAGGAGCCAGGUGUCUGCAGCCAUGAUGUUCCUGGAGACCCGUCUGGCUCUCGGCGUCACCACUAACUACAGCCUCAGCCUGCUCACCUUCGCUCUGGCUCUGGGCGGCAGCUCCAACGCUCACAUGGCACUCAACGAGCUGAUUGAACGAGCUGAGAUUAUAGACGGCGUGCCGACAUGGACGUCCCCAGACGACGACAGGCUGUCGUCGUCGUGGCAGCCGAGCUCCACGUCCAUUGAGAUCGCGUCCUACGUGAUGCUGUCUGCAGAGAUACUGGAUCGCGUCGCGGACGGCUUAAGCCUCAUGAAGUGGCUCAGCCAACAGCGUAACCACAACGGAGGAUUCGGGAGCACUCAGGACACCAUCAUGGCUCUACAGGCGCUGUCCACGUACACAAUAUUGGCAUGGUACAUGAAGUGGUACGACGUCGACCUCACCAUCAGGGUGAGCAUGGACGCUUCCUCCACCGUCGCCUCCUUCCACAUCGACCGGGACAACUACCAGAUCCUCCAGAGCCGGCAGAUUGAGCCAGAGGACAGGAUGAAGCUCCAGGUGACUGCACAGGGAAAAGGAAUCGCCCUGUUUCAGCUCAACGUGUUUUACAACAUCAGGAACAGGAAGCCGUCGAGGCGGAGGCGGGACGAACAUGAGGCGUUUCUUCUGCACGUCGAGCUGUUCGACCCAGACAUCGACUCGGCACAUCUGUUCAUCUGCACCAGCCUGUCGGGAGAUCUGGGUCUGAACGCGACGGGCAUGGUCAUCAUGGAGGUCGGCCUGAUGUCCGGGUUCAUCAUGGUGCCGGACAGCAUCCAGGUCGACGAGGUCAUAAAGAGAGUGGAGACGCAGCCGGGGAAGAUCAUCCUGUACCUGGACUCUGUGACGAUGGAGCAGAUGUGUAUCGAGAUUCCUCUGACCUUGGAGUACAAGGUCGCCAAAGUCCAGGAAGCAAACGUCGUCGUCUAUGAUUAUUACGAACCGAGACGCAGGACGGUGAGGGUCUACGAAUCCGACUGGAGGCACGACAUGUCCCUCAGCACCUUCUGCGGUGAGGACUUGAGCGAGUGCGUAGCAGACGUGUACGACGAGUUCAACGCUGCGUCAGGCUGCAGCCAGAACGUCCUGCUGAUGAGUUUACUGCCCGCUCUGCUCGUCCUCAUCGUCACCUUCGCCACCUGAAUAAGACCCAAUGAUAGUUCAGCUUUGUGGAUGUAUGAAAUUCUCAAAUGUAGCUUUUUGUGGAUGCAUGAUUGGAUUUUUGAACACGGUGUUUGUCUGUAAACUGAUGUGUUUACAGUGUGUUGGUACUGUAGUCUGAGUCUGAACAAAUGGAAGUUUACUCAGGCCCAAAAAAAGUGAGUUCUUUUUUUCUUUUAACAUUAAACUUAAAGACGUAGCCGUAAUGUUAACAGACUUCCAAGGUAGUGAGUCCUCGUGACCCACAGGGGGCCAAUAAAAUCUGUG